AUGUCGGCAAUCUUCAAGUCCGCCAACACAGCCGUCAUUACGGGCGGCGCCUCGGGUAUCGGUCUGGCGCUGGCUAAACGCUGCGCCGGGGCCGGCAUGAAGGUGCUGGUCGCGGACCGAGACGCCGCGUCCCUCGCAGCGCUGCCCUCUGUAAUCCCUCAGAACACACCUCUGACGGCUGAAAUGGACGUGUCGAACCCGGCGGAUUGGACAUCGCUCAAGGCGCGAGUCGACGCCGAGCUGGGCGGCCGGGUAUCGCUCCUGGCCCUCAACGCCGGCAUGGGGGCCCGGACCAGCUUUGACGAGGGCAGCGCCGUCGAGGUGGACAAGUGGCAGGCCGUGUUCCAGACCAAUGUGUUUGGCGUGGUCCAAGGUCUGGCGCAUCUGCUGCCCCUGGUUCCGCGCGGUGGUGGUGGUGGUGGUGAUGAGCCCGCCGCCGUUGUCAUCACGGGCUCCAAGCAGGGCAUCACCAACCCGCCCGGCAACCCGGCCUAUAACGCCUCCAAGGCCGCGGUCCGCUCGCUGGCCGAGCAGCUGUCGUACUCGCUGCGGGGUACCUCGGUCGGCGUCCACAUGCUGGUUCCCGGCUGGACGUGGACAGGGCUCGCCGGCGGUGUGGCCGGCGGUAUUCGCGACAACGAAAAGGGCCAGCAGAGCAAGAAGCCCGAUGCGGCCUGGUGGCCGGAGCAGGUUGUCGAGUACCUCGAGGCCAAGAUGAAUGAGGGACAGUUCUGGGUUCUAUGCCCGGACAACGAGGUUACCGAGGACAUGGACCGCAAGCGUAUGCUCUGGAGUGCUGGAGACGCUGUCAAUGGUCGGAAGCCGCUGAGCCGCUGGAGGGACGAGUAUAAGGAGGAGGCCGCCGAGUUUAUGAAGAAAGACCUGUAG